AUGACCAAAUUCCAGGAGGCGGUGACGUUCAAGGACGUGGCUGUGGUCUUCACGGAGGAGGAGCUGGGGCUGCUGGACCCCACCCAGAGGAAGCUGUACCGAGAAGUGAUGCUGGAGAACUUCCGGAACCUGGUCUCUGUGGGGCAUUCAUCCUCCAAACCAGAUGUGAUAUCCCAGUUGGAGAGAGAGGAAAAGCUUUGCAUGAAGGAGAUCCACACCCAAAGGGGUAGGCACUCGGGAGGCAGGAAUCAAAACGAGAAGGAGACUCUUCACGAAGCAGGAAUAAGGUGCCUUUCAUUGGGAGAGUUUUCAUGUUGGCAAAUCAAGAGACAUAUCGUGAGCAAAUUCACCAAAGAUCAAGACUCCAAGAUAAAUAUUCAAGGAAAGAGUUCUGAGUUCCCCGAACAGUGUGAUUCCCCCUGUCAAGUGGGAGCAGGAAUAUGUAUUCAGGCUUCCGUGGAAGACAGCUGUAUAAUGAACCUUAUAGAGGAUCAUUCCAGUAUUCUUGAAAAUCAAGAAUUUCUGGCUGGGAGAGUUCAGAAUUCUUGGAGUAAAAUAUAUCUCAGCGAAACACAGAAUUACCAGAGAAGUUGUAAGCAGACUCAGAUGAAAAACCAAUUGUGUAUAUUUGCUCCAUACGUUAACAUCUUUAGUUGUAUCUCACACCACCAUGAUGGCGAUAAACCUCACAACGAAGACUGCGGUAAAGACAUCUUAAAGGUGUCCCCUCUGGUCCAGCAGACCUACCACUGUCAUCAGUGUGAGAAAGCAUUCAACGAUGGCCCCAGUCUUGAACUUCAUCAGCAGGUACACUCGAGAAAGAAGUCCUCCGAGUACGGCGCACACGAGAAGGACGCCCGCUAUAGCUCAGCUCUGCCCAUUCCACAAAGUGUUUACACAGGAAAAAAACGCUAUUGGUGUCACGAGUGUGGGAAGGGUUUCAGCCAGAGCUCAAACCUGCAGACUCAUCAGAGAGUGCACACAGGGGAGAAGCCCUAUUCGUGCCUCGAGUGUGGGAAGAGCUUUAACCAGACCUCCCAUCUUUACGCCCAUUUGCCCAUUCACACAGGAGAGAAGCCCUACAGAUGUGAAAGUUGUGGGAAGGGCUUCAGUCGUAGCACAGAUCUUAACAUUCACUGCAGAGUCCACACUGGAGAGAAACCUUACAAAUGUGAGGUGUGCGGGAAGGGCUUCACCCAGAGAUCACAUCUUCAGGCCCACGAGAGAAUCCACACCGGAGAGAAACCAUAUAAGUGUGGAGACUGUGGUAAACGCUUUAGUUGUAGCUCAAAUCUCCAUACCCACCAGAGAGUCCACACGGAAGAGAAACCGUAUAAGUGUGAUGAGUGUGGAAAGUGCUUCAGCUUGAGCUUUAACCUUCACAGCCAUCAACGGGUCCACACGGGAGAGAAACCAUAUAAAUGCGAAGAGUGUGGGAAGGGUUUUAGUUCAGCCUCAAGUUUCCAGAGCCAUCAAAGGGUUCACACGGGGGAGAAACCAUUUCGUUGCAACGUGUGUGGUAAAGGCUUCAGUCAGAGUUCCUAUUUUCAAGCUCAUCAGAGAGUCCACACUGGAGAAAAACCAUACAAAUGUGAGGUGUGUGGGAAGCGCUUCAAUUGGAGCUUGAAUCUUCACAAUCAUCAGAGGGUCCACACAGGAGAGAAACCUUAUAAAUGUGAAGAGUGUGGAAAGGGCUUCAGUCAGGCCUCCAAUCUUCAAGCUCAUCAGAGUGUCCACACUGGGGAGAAACCAUUCAAGUGUGAUGCGUGCCAGAAGCGGUUCAGUCAGGCCUCCCAUCUUCAAGCCCAUCAGAGAGUCCACACGGGAGAGAAGCCAUAUAAGUGCGAUACAUGUGGCAAGGCCUUCAGCCAGAGGUCAAAUCUUCAAGUCCAUCAGAUCAUUCACACUGGAGAGAAACCGUUUAAAUGUGAGGAGUGUGGGAAAGAAUUUAGUUGGAGUGCGGGGCUCAGUGCUCAUCAGAGGGUGCACACAGGAGAGAAACCUUAUACAUGUCAGCAGUGUGGUAAAGGCUUCAGUCAGGCCUCCCAUUUUCACACACAUCAGCGGGUCCACACUGGAGAAAGGCCAUACAUAUGUGAUGUCUGUUGUAAAGGCUUCAGCCAGAGAUCACAUCUUGUGUACCAUCAGAGAGUCCACACUGGAGGAAAUCUGUAG